CCCACAGACAAAUUCCAACAAUAUUCAAGAAUUUAAAGAUGGAAGUCAUCGGGUGAAAAAUCCCAAACCAUUUAAAAAUGGUUGCUUGAACAAUUCAACGAAGAAUAUCAAAAACUUCAGAAAUGCAAAUGUUGACGCGUUUAAUGACGUUCCCGAGGACAUCUUGCUUGCUGAUCCCGUUGAAAACACUUUGAAAUAUUCAUCUGGAAAACGUAAAGGAUCAGUGAAAGUCAUUCUCAUGAGCGUCAAGCUUCUACAUCAGAGUGUACCAAUAUGUCCCUCGAACUCAAGGAGGAACAAAUCAUACCCAAGCUAAUUUUGUCGAGAAAUACUACCGACUGGAGCAAGUAUGAAGUGAGGGAAAGCGUUGUUGGGAAUUUAGGAGCAGGCACAAAGAGACGAAGAUCUACGGAGAAUGAUCAUAAUGAUGUUGAUAAUAGUGGAAAGCGACCAAAAACAACGCAACCAUCAAGUGCUGUCAAUGAUAGUGUACUAAUGGUUCCUUCCAUACCUAUAAAACUUGAUCGACGACUUUCGGGAGAUAAGAACGACUAUCGUCAUUCAACGUCGUUUAAGAGGUUUUCCGAGAAUUUGGAGGACAUGCUCGAAUUUGACGAGCAAUGUAACAUAAGUAGCUCUAUUGAUGAAGAAUCCCAAGAUAUUGAUCAAGAAUCCCUGCUCACUAGAACUGCGCUCUGUGAGAUGUGUACAGAGACAGCCAAACUGAAUUCAAUGCAUAUUCUUCAUAAGAUCGAUGAAAAAGAUUUGUGCAGAUUAAUCUUCAUCAUGAAAAGGCACAUUAAAGACGGAAGAAAUAUACAGUUGUCGUUUAGCCAGAAUGAUGACGAAGAUCAAAGAAUGCUAAAGGAAUUUAACAUGGAGCGCAUCCUUCGGUCAUUCGACGCAACAUUGCUGGUACUUCACGUGUUGACCGCACCGUGCAUGCCCAAGAAAGUUUACAUGGAAGAAAUAAUAGAAGUCAUGGUUGGCCUGAUCCAACAUAAUCUGAAACACAAUAUUUAUCCAGCUUAUGAUCCACUAUAUAAAGUCGAACUGGAUUCAAAAGAGUCUAUUUUGAUGUCAACGAAAGCAAAACGUGCAAAGUACGCUAAUAAAGGCAAGGUAUUUGUGGAGCUUUACAACAAGAUUUGUACUGCUGUCUCACUACUCGCUGAUCUUCUUGACAUCGAAAGACUUACUGAUACCAUAGUAUUAAAGAUAUCAAGCGUAGGUACUACUGCAUUCUUUGUAGAAAACGUCAGCGAAUUACAGCAUUGUGCUCUAAAACUCGUCCGAACGACUUUCCGCAAAUAUUUGAAGCAUCGUGAGCUCAUUCUGGAGGACAUCUUAGCUUCACUAGCAAGGCUUCCUUCAAGUAAACGAAAUUUAAGGAGCUAUCGAAUCCAUGGGGAUGAGUACAUUCAAAUGCUAUCUGCUCUAGUUCUUCAACUCAUUCAGUGUUCAGUGAAAAUUGAGAAGAAAUCGUCAUUGAAUGAUACCUUUUCAGAUAAUGAAACACUCAAUAUGGAUAGAGAACUUGAAAUCAUUGGUUCGUAUGAAAACUCUCUACGUGCAGCCCAAAACUUUCUUUCCAUGUUUUUAAACAAGUGCAACACUGCAGGAAAGGACGAGGAAGAUUAUCGACCUCUUUUCGAGAAUUUCUUGCAAGACCUGCUGGUGACCUUGAACAAGAAUGAUUGGCCAGCAUCAGAAGCUUUGUUAACUCUAUUGGGAAGAUUAUUGAUAGUGACCUUUACUAAUCGCUCGUGUGAAAUGGGACUGCGUGUGGCGUCGAUAGACUAUCUCGGACUGGUUGCUACACAUCUUCGACGAAAAGCGAUGUUAGACAAAGAACAGGAACAAGAAGAUCUAUUGGCUAUCAUGUCAGAGAUUGGUGGUGACGAAUUAAGAGAUGAAGAAAAAAUCAGGCAAUUGGAUGAAGAAGAUCUUGAAAUGGAGAAAACGUUACGGAAAUAUCUAUUGAAAUAUUUUCACGUUAAAGGGAAGAAUGAUUCUGCAUUAUCCUUUGCAAGACAGUUCUAUUUAUGUCAAUGGAUCCGAGAUAAUCAAGCUGAGCUGGAGAGAGCGUACAAGGCGACCGUUCCUAACGGGAGCGAAAGUGAUUUACAGCAAACUGGGGAUGGGGGUGGCGGUGUGUCAGCGCUAGAAAUGAAGAAGUCGUUCCUAUUAUCUCUCAUUGAUGAGGACUGGUCUCAGCUGAGGGUUCCAAAUGGUUUCUUGGAUUAUAAUCGUGCAAAUUUGGUUGCUAAACAUCUUUCAUCGAAACGAAUCUUUCUCAAGAGUUUUGAUAUUUAUCUCCAACAGAUCUUGAGAGUCCUCAAUGAAACAGUGGUUGCAAUAAGAACGAAAGCUAUGAAAGCAUUGUCCUCGAUUAUUUCUGUUGAUCCUGGUAUUUUGGCGAGGGAGGAUAUACAAAAUGGAGUUCAAGGACGAUUUAUGGAUCAAUCUACGAGUGUACGGGAAGCUGCUGUCGAAUUGGUUGGCCGUUUUAUUUUGAAUAAACCAGAGUUGACCCACCAGUAUUAUGAUAUGAUCAUGGAAAGGAUUUUGGACACCGGGGUCAGUGUACGGAAAAGAGUGAUUAAAAUUCUCAAAGACAUUUGUAUUGCUCAACCUGACUUUCCUAAGAUAACUGAUAUCUGCAUGAAAAUGAUUUGUCGGAUAAACGACGCAGAUGGAAUAAAGGAACUUGUGACGAAAGUAUUUCAGCAAAUGUGGUUUGUUCCUGUUGAAAAAAGCAAGAUGCAUCAGGACGAUGACCUUUUAAAACGCGCGACCAACAUUGCUGACUUAGUGACAGCUUUUGGUGAAUCUGGUGGUGAGUGGCUGCAACAACUAUUGGAAAAUCUUAUAAAGAAUGAUGAAGAGUCUGACGAACUUUCUUCCGCUUCGAAGCAAGUACUCGAAGCUUGUUCACAAAUUGUUGAUUGUUUGGUGGAUAGGCUCUUAACGAUCGAAAAAAAUGUUGUUGAGAAAUCUGAAGGAAAAGCAUCAAAUAGUUAUCGCUUGAUUGGAUGUUUAACAACUCUGUACAUGAUGAGUAGAUUCAAACCAUCAAUGAUGGUUCCACAUGCUGCGACACUUCAGCCAUACCUGAGCACCAAAGUCAAUUCACAAGGUGAUUAUCUUAUCCUCCAUUAUAUUGCUCGUAUUUUGGAACUGGUUUUACCUCUCAUUGAACAUCCUGGCGAAGCUUUUUUGGCCAGCAUUGAAGAGGAUCUAAUGAUGCUUAUCAUCAAGCAGGGACAAACCGUCGUUCAGAGUUGCGUGGCUUGCCUUGCGGCCGUCGUGAACAAAGUCACUCGAAACUAUAAAUUGGUAAAAGAUUGUUUUCAACGAUAUUUUGGAUUUUUAAUUCGGGUCAAGAAAGAGUUUGUCCAAAAUCAGUCGUCAACUGGGCCGAAGUUCAAUCGUCCCUUGUUGCUUAGAUCUCUGUUCACUUUGGGUCUUCUCUGCAAGCACUUUGAUUUCGAGAGUGAUGCCAAGGUUGAAAAUAUACAGGACUCUGUCUAUCGUCGAGUAUACACCUUGCAUAUUUUUUAUGCCAAAAUACCGGAUGAAGAGGUGUCACAGAAAGCGAUUAUGGGUCUCGGUUUUCUGUCCAUUCGAUACCCAAAAUUACUCCUGGAAGAAGAUGCUCGCGGUCUAUAUGGGAAAAUUUUAUCGCCAACGUGCGAGUCUACACAAUUAAAAAAUCAGGUCAUGAAAAAUAUCACGCAACAUUUGGUUGAGGAGGAAAAAGUUAUGUCUGUUCGUGAUUCGUCAUGGAAAAAGAAAGCAAAUAAAGAAAAUCUGAAGGAACUUGGGGACUCGUAUUCAGGAACAACAAGCGAGAUAAUGCAGUUGUACUUGAAACAACUUUUGGAGAUGUUUUUCCAUCCUCAGCCAACGGUUCGAUUUACAGCUUUCUCCGUCGUGGAUAUGAUACUGGGGCGGGGCUUGGUACAUCCUGUACAGUGCGUGUCGUAUCUCAUUGCCAUUGGGACUAACAAUGACAAAGUAGCACGGACGAAAGCUGCGCAUAGAUUGGAGGAAAUUGAUCGUAAAUAUCCGGGAUUCAUACAGAUGAAAGCACUACCUGGAGUAAAGAUGUCUUUUGAUUUGCAGAAAAUAAUCCAUAAGGAUGAACUAUUCGUUCGUGGUUUUAAAGAGGAAGGCACAAGUUUGCUAAGUUAUCUUUAUUUAAUCAUCCGUUCAAAUCGUCAACAUCGACGCUCUUUCCUCUUGUCUUUGAUUCGAAUGGUUGACGACGAGAAGAAAUAUGAUCUGGAUAUGCUUCUUUUUGUUGUUGAUUCCCUCGCGUAUUUCCCGUUCGUGACCUUAGAGGAGCCUUUGUUCAUUAUACAUAACAUUGAUGCCAGACUUUCGUACACUGGCAUGAAUGUCAUGCAAUCAUUUCAACAGGCUCUUCGUGCGCAUGAUCAAUCUGAAACUCAGAACGAAAGUAUGGAAACUGAAGAAAAUGCCGAUGAAAUUUUAGUGCGAUUGCCAGAUGAUUUAAAGCAAAUAGAGGAUUGUUGGAAAUCGUGGCAAAAAUGCUUAUUGUUGAUUUAUUUACGGCAACAUCUGAAGGAGACCUACAACAUUCAUGACAGCAAAUGUAAAAAAUACUCACCAUCAGAACCAAGUAAAGCGUACGAUAAAGGAAUAACGAGGAAGCAUGGUGUCAAAUUUAACCCGGAGCAAUCAAUUGCUUGUAUUGAAUCAGGGUGUUCGAUGCCUUCCUCCGUAGAGGUGGUGAAACAGUAUGUACAGUUCAAGAAAAUGAUAAUGGAUUUGGACAAAUCAGAAGAAGAUAGUGAUGACUCGAAUGGUCGGGACAGUCCUCUUGGUGAAUCAGGUGUCGAUAACUGCCAGGAAAAGAAACUCACAAAAGGGCGCAAAACUCCUUCAAGGAAGACGCCGUCAAACAACAGAAGUAGACCAAAGCCAAAAUCAAAGAAGAAACGUAAAAAAAUAAAAUUUGACGGCGAUGAUGAAUGCAACGAUGACUUCGCUUCUGAGGAUUAGAUGAUUUUUUUCUGCUCAUUCGUUUAACUGUUUCGUUUGUUUAAGUGCGCACCAUAAAUCAUGUUAUUCCUUUCCUUUCUAAUUCAUAUUUAUCAUAAGUAUGCAUGACAAAUUUUGUAUAAAGAAUCUGUAUUUUAUUGUAAAUACUGUCAUAAUGUUAAUUCUUACUGCUUUAGGAUUUUAAAUGGCCGUUUUUGAGCAUUUUAUUUUCAUAAGACUCACUCGUAAUCUUGUUUCUAUCAAGAUAAAUUCUGUUUUGCCGUUUGA